AUGCAAAGACAGCCUCUGCUGUUAAAAUCAAAAUCUUUGCAAUCUUCUAGAUUAUGCUUUAAACUAGCCUUUUCUAACUCAGCUAUUUACAAUGCCAAGAAGGAACCCCCAAAUACUUCUAAAAUAUCACCAAAUGCUUCUUCAUCGCAUUCUUCUACAUCUUCUUUGAAACAAAAAUUAUCACAUUUAUCUGUUCCUACAGUCUCUACUCUGGUGGACCCAGUAAAAAACACUGCUAGUGCACUACAUAUACCUCCUCUUUUGUCUUCUGGGUCAUCAACAGCUGCGGAUACAAAUAUUGAGGAUCUCAUUCUAGAGCGAAGUCUACUUACAUCUACACAUAGAUCACCAGGGGAUAAUCUAGUUAGAUGCACGGUUUUUGAUCCUCAAGGAAACGUUAAAGUGGUUUCUGGAGAGUUUAAGCGCUCUGAAUUACUUUCCAAACACGGUCUCCUUCCCCGCGAUUUACGGAAAUUAGAUACUGGAGUCUCUACUAUCGUUCCGUCUAUCUUGGUUCGACAGAACUCUAUUCUUGUCAACUUGCUUCAUAUUCGAGCCCUUAUAAAGGCUGAAAUGGUUAUUAUAUUUGAUGCUUAUGGCUCUACAGAUUCCCAGACUCAGUCUAUAUUUAUGUAUGACUUGACUCACAAGUUACGAGGCGACGAUGCUGCAAGUGGACUUCCUUAUGAACUACGCGCGCUUGAGGCUAUAUUCAUUUCUGUUGUCACAUCUCUUGAUGCAGAAAUGCAAGUUCUGACCACGGUUGUUAAUGGCAUUUUGCGCGAUCUGGAAACCAACAUUGACCGCAGCAAAUUACGACACCUUCUUAUUCAAUCUAAAAAACUUUCUGCUUUUCUUCAAAAAGCAACUUUAAUUCGAGAUGCUAUUGAUGAAUUACUUGAACAAGAUGAGGACUUGGCAGGGCUUUAUCUUACUGAAAAACAACAAGGCUUACCACGUGAUGAAGAAAGUGAUCAUUCUGAGGUAGAAAUGUUGCUUGAAUCGUAUUACAAACAUUGUGAUGAAAUUGUCCAAACAGUGGACAACCUUGUAUCAAAUAUUCGCUCGACUGAAGAAAUUAUCAACAUUAUUUUGGAUUCGAACCGAAAUUCGCUCAUGCUUUUAGAUCUUAAGUUCCAGAUUGGCACUCUAGGCCUGGGCGCCGGCGCCUUUGUGUCUGCUCUUUACGGUAUGAACUUGCAAAACUUUAUUGAAGAAACAAAUUGGGGAUUUGGUGCUGUCACUGGUGUCACAUUUGUAUCCACAGUUGUUAUUAUCAUAAUGAGUUUGCGUAACCUCAGAAGAGUACAAAGAGUUACCAUGAUGAGCAACGAGUCCAUGUCUAAACGAAGUUUUGGUGCAAUGUCUUCACAGUCAAGUGUUGCAUCAUCUUUAUUUCAAAAUGGCUCUCUUUCGCAAAGACACACAGCGAUGCCACCUUCACCAAGUAAAAUUUCAACUCUUUUAUCAUCAUUUUUUCGUAAAAAAACAACACCUAACUUAGGUCAAAAACCCCAUUUUUAA